AUGGCGACAGUCACCAAGGAGCCGGCGGCUGCUGAGAAGAAGCAGCGCCCCAAUGCGCUGCGAUCCAUCAUUGCUGGCUCAACCGCCGGAGCGAUUGAAAUCGUCGCAAAGACAAGAUCGCAGCUCAACAGACGGCUAGCAGAGGGCCAGAAGCUGCCGUGGCCUCCGUUUGGAACGCAGUGGUACGCGGGAUGCACCACGCUCAUCAUUGGCAACGCCGCCAAGGCGGGAAUCCGAUUUGUUGCGUUUGACCAGUUCAAGAGCCUUCUUGCCGACGAGAACGGCAAGCUAUCCGGGCCGCGAACCGUCCUGGCUGGCUUUGGUGCCGGCGUCACGGAAUCGCUGCUCGCCGUCACUCCUACAGAGAGCAUCAAGACGACUCUCAUCGACGACCGCAAGUCCCCCAAGCCCCGCAUGCGCGGCUUCCUCCACGCCGUCCCCAUCAUCGCCCGCGAGCGCGGCAUCCGCGGCUUCUUCCAGGGCUUCGUCCCGACGACGGCCCGCCAGGCCGCCAACAGCGCCACCCGCUUCGGCGCCUACAACUUCUUCAAGCAGAUCGCCGAGUCGUACACGGCGCCCGGCGAGAAGCUCGGCGCCGUCGGCACCUUUGCCAUGGGCGGCCUGGCCGGCCUGGUGACGGUGUACGUGACGCAGCCGCUCGACACGGUCAAGACGCGCAUGCAGAGCAUCGAGGCCAAGUCCAUGUACGGCAACACGUUCCGGUGCGCCGCCAUGAUCUUCAAGCAGGAGGGCAUCCUCACGUUUUGGAGCGGCGCGCUGCCCCGGCUGGCGAGGCUGGUGCUGAGUGGAGGAAUCGUGUUUACCAUGUAUGAGAAGAGCAUGGACUUGAUGAACAAGCUGGACCCGGAGAUGAAGUACAUCUGA